GGUCGACCGUGGACCGUCGCCGUUGGUUACGAGGGGCAGAGUUGGACGCGCACAAAAACACUCGCGUCCAUGGCCAACACGUUCCCCUUCAGCGGCAGCUUCGCGUCGGCGCUUGAACAGCCCUCCUCGAGCGUUGAUGAGACGCACGUUGGCAUUUGGUUCACCGUCGGCGUCGUUGUCGUCUACUGCGCCAUGGUGGCGGCCGUCGCCAUCAUCCGACGUCAAAGUCCCUUGGACCGGCAGUCGCUCCCGAUGCUCGAGCCAGACGCGCGUUGCAACAGCCUCGACACGAUCGUUUGCGACUUUAGCACGCGUCGGACGUCCCCUCUCGACAUUACGGACGGACUCCGCGUCAAGUACGUGUCCUCAUAGCGCCCCCUUUGCGCAGGGCCGAC